AUGGAAAAUUAUUUUCAUAUACCAAAUGAAUUUUCCGAUGUUAAAAUUUCAUUUAAAAAUGAAAAUGAUACAAUUUUAUAUGCAAAUAAAGCUAUUUUAUCGGAAGCAUCACCUAUAAUUAAAGCUUUUUUAGCUAUUGAACCUGACAGUAUAUUUAUUAUUGAUGAAGAUGAUGAACAAUCAAUAAUAACAUCAACAGAUGUUAUUGAUCUUUUAAAAUUUAUUUAUCCACAAUUUACAAUGAAAAUAACUGAACAAAAUAGUAAAAUUUCUAUUGAAUAA